UAAGUAUUCUGUUGACGUGGCGUGAGCGGUAGCGGUUCAGUAGCAGCAGCAGCUAGCUGCCAGGUAACGUACCGACGGCAAGGUGAGCCCGAAGAUAAUCCUGUGGAAAACAUGGAUAUUACUGAGGACAACUGAUUGAGCGGUGUUCAUUUUUUUCAGAAACAUGUCCAGCAGAAGCCAGCACUAUGGGUUCCAGACAGCCACCAUGGUGCAGCCUGCCAAUGGCGGUCAUGCCUACCUGUUUGGAAACAAUGGCUCGGAGAAUGACCUAUCAGAAGAGGAUGCAGAAAGCUAUGAGCUUCGGCCACGUGGCAGAGAGAGGCUGCGGAGGAGCACAUCCAGAGAGAGGAUGGACAUUAUCUACCUGACAAGAGAUAUACAGGAGGGGGACACCUUGAACAGCAUUGCCCUGCAGUACCAUUGUUCAGUGGCUGACAUUAAGCGUGCCAACAACCUCUUGACAGAGCAGGACUUCUUUGCUCUGCGUUCAGUUAAGAUUCCCGUGAGGCGCUUCAGCGUCCUCACUGAGACUCAUACCACUGGUCCUCUCAAAUCUGCCUCUCCCACAGGUGCUAGACGCCUGCCUCAGAUAUCACCUGUUACAUCUCUCCCUACCGAGUCCUCCACAGACUCUUCUUCUUCUACCGACAGCGUGGAAGGAUUCCUCCUGGAGAAGGACAAGGACAUUGAGCGGCUGGUGAAAUCCACAGGACCGUCUCGGAGUAGUCUCAAUGAGGUUGUGUCCUCCCUAACAUUGCAGCAACAGCAGCCACUGCUAGGAGAAGUUGAGUAUAAACCAGCACAGAAAAAGGACCCUUAUUAUGGGGCAGACUGGGGCAUGAGAUGGUGGACGGCUGUUGCCAUCAUGCUGGUUGUUGGCAUUGUCACACCUGUGUUUUAUCUGCUGUACUAUGAGGUUCUUGUGAAAGCUGACGUCAGCCAUCAUAAUCCUCCACAAGGUCAUGGUGAUGUUCAUAAAAAUGUGGAUAGCAGUACUGUGGAAAGUCAUAUUAUCGGAGACCGUCCUGCAGGAGCUGGACCUGAACAAGUGAUUAAAGGAAACCCACAAGGACCCGUUAAGGACAAAGCAGGAGAGGGUGAACAUGGAGGCCUUGGGGACACAUAGCAGGGGAUUAUACAUUUAUGUACAAAUUUUUGCUAACUCAGAGACCUAAUAAAGCUUGAUGGAUGUCCCCAUUAAUUACUACAACACAAUACGUCAAUGCAGUCUUUCAAACUAGGAUGUAGUAGGCACAGACAUUUUAAAGAACUCUGAGACCAGGAAUAUGAUUGAGGCCAGUUAUUCCAUGUGUUUGUCCUUUUACAUUUACUGUACAUGCUUUUCAGCAAGAAGUGUUAAAGGACUGAAAGUGGGUCUGGUCCAACUCUCUCCUAGAUUUGUGUCUGUUUUAACUGACAAAUAUGAGGUUAAACUUUUUCAAAAUGUAUUAAUUUCAGAGUUGUCAUUAAAGUAUCCAGCAGGAAUUAGGUGAUGUUUUGCCAUCAUCCAUGCUGCUGAAGUUUCAGCUGCACACAGACCACGACGGAUGCCAACACUAAUGUGUCUCAUUUGAUUUAGUGGUGGAUCAGUGACCACUUUCUGAGUGAAUCAUUUUCUCUGUGGAUUUGGUUUGAAGCGAUUUUUACUCAGUUUGGACUAGCUGUAUCUUUUGCCAUAUUAGUAAUAGUGUAUUUUUCAACACUUUGUUGGAAAAGUAAGAUUGCUGCCAUAGUGUUUAAUUAGAAUUAAUUUAUUUCAAGCUUGAGCAUUAGUUUUUACUUACAGUAUCAGUAUUGGUUACCAGUUAAAUUAUGUUUAUGAUUUUCAAGUUGCUUGAAUCUGUCCUUGCUUUAGCUUGCCUGGAGAGAACUGCAUUUUUUUUAAAAACAAAAACCUCUAAGAGCAUGGUGAGGAAUGUGGGAGAUGCACAGUAUUCUCACUCAUACUUGUAAUUAAGUGAAAUUUUAGACUUUGGUAUAUAGCCCUUUUAUUUUAUCACUGUGUUCACUUGAUAUUUUAUGACAAAGCAUUACAUGUUGUUGACAGUAUGUGCCUUUCAACCUGUGGAAUCUGUCUACAUGCUGAAGAAUAAAUAAAUCUAUUUUGAAUAAAUUA